UCACUGCAUGGAAGUUAAGUCUAGUGUUGAGUCUCGGGAAUGUCUGCCCGCUUGGCUACACACUUUAGAUCUACGCUAGUUCCGAGCGAGUUGCACGAGACGACUGCACACGACGAGACGUGGGUACGCGUGUUCGCGAAACGUCCGGACGGAAGUUCCUCCUCUUUAGAAGCAAACCGGGCGUUGUAAUCGUCGCGGUAUAUUCCUGAUGACGGUUAACGAAGUAGUCGUUGCGCACAAGGCAGCGCGCAAGGUAGCGCAGAUUCGCUCGAGCGCACGUCUGUUCGGAUGAAGAUGCUCAGACUCAGCGUCUCUCGACGCCUCCUGCAAAUUCUCUCAACUCCUAUGCGCAACCAUUUUCACUGGUUCAUGUAUCUUCUGGUGAGCGCGGAUUGAAAACUGUCUCGCGCAAACCAACAGUCGCAUGAUUUUAAGGCAGGAUUCUCGUAGUAGCGAAUGCAACCGCCGAAAACGCCGGCUGGAGAGCUUGCCAACUCGAGUGCACAACACCGGUGCAUAAAGAUCUCAUGCGUCGAGUUGUUGCUUGCGAAAAACGAGACGCUUUAUAGCAUACAAGUGAUACAUAUAACAACAUGGAAGUACUUGAGAUUGUAUUGAUUUUAAUUGAGAUACUAUUAGUUAUUUUGAAAAUUCUCUAUUACAUUUGCGAAAGUCUAUACAAAGUUUUUAUCCCAAUGAAGAAAAAAAACGUAGCUGGCGAAAUUGUUUUGAUAACAGGCGCGGCUCAAGGAAUCGGUAAAGAAUUAGCACUUGGUUAUGCAGCAUUAGGAGCAAGAGUAGUAUGUUGGGACAUAGAUAAAAGUACAAACGAACAGACAGUGGAUACAAUUACAAGAGCGGGAGGCUCAGCAUAUGCGUACAAAUGCGAUGUAUCAAAUCGAGAGGAAGUUGUUAAAGUAGCGGAAAAAGUGAAAAAAGAAGUGGGUGAUGUUACUAUUUUAAUCAACAAUGCUGGCAUCGCACCUGUGCGAAAAUUUUUGGACUGGAGCGUUGAGGAAAUUAAACGGGUUAUAGAUGUAAAUUUAAUGGCUCAUUAUUGGACGCUACAAGAAUUUUUGCCAAAGAUGAUCGAAAAGAAUCACGGUCACAUUGUGACAAUAUCGUCCUUGGCAUCGAUUGUUACGGGUCCUCACGGAACGACUUACUGUGCCUCAAAGGCCGCAGUUACAGCACUUACGGAUUGUCUUAGAUUAGAACUUGAUAAAUACUACAAUGGAAGAUCCCCAAUUAAUUUUACGCUUAUACUUCCAAGUUUUGUACGGACCAAAUUAGUAAGAAGAGCAAAUUUCAAAUUUCCCUUUUUUGUACAAUUUCAAUCUCCACAGAAAACAGCUGGAGCAAUAAUAGAUGCGCAACGACAAAAUGUAAAAGAGUUAUCUAUACCUUCGAGUUUUUCUUUUCUGAUUAAAUGCCUAAGAGUUUUACCUCAGAAAGCAUAUGAUUGUAUACACGAUUUCCUCGGCAUAAACGUCGAAGUGGAUGAUCCAUCCGAGUCGUACAUUUAGGAUAAGUCGCCCGAAUAUGAAAUACUUUUUAUUGAUUGCCUGUUUUACCUAAUUGCCGAAUUUUUAUGAAAACUUAAAUACUAUAUAUUUUUAGGAAAUUUCAUCUUCUUUUAAAUGUGUAAGAGCGAAAACUUUGCGUCAGCUCUUUUUAAGAUGUAAAAUAAACAAAUGCUUUGAUACA